AUGAUGUCAUCUACUACAGCUACAGCUACCACUACCCCACAACCUUCACAGAUCCCGACUUCUCACUUGCUAAUAUACAAUGCUCACAAUGGAUCCACUGUGAAGAUACCUAAACCCGUGAGGUUCCACUCCAUUAGCACAUUCAAAAGUUUCCUCUAUGAGUCCUUCUCGGACUAUCUACUCGGUGGCGUGGAGAACAUUUUCCUCCUUACAUCGUUUGGGAUCAAGUUCAAUUUCAAUAUGAUAAACGAAUUGAAUGACGUCUAUGUCUACGACAAGAGACUUUUCAGUCCGUCACCCUCGUCAUCUCAGAUUCUUGAGCUGUACUUCCAGAACAGCAGUGAUGAUAAUCAGCAAGGAACGGUUGCACCAAAAAAGCCACAGCCUCCAUCCGUACGACCAAUAACUAAUACAAAGUCUCUUAAAGAAAUGACGGAAAACUUGAAGAUUGUUGAAACUUGGUCCUCCCAGUCGGUUUUGUCCAACUGUAAAGAACUUGAAACUCAGAUAAAGGCUACCGUGAGGCAGAUCAAUAUCAUUUUCAAAUGCUUCAAUAUAAUCUUUCAUUUCGGUACGAAUUUCAUCAGCGGAAUUGAAAAGAACUUCAAUAGCUAUUUCAAUUACAUUAAGCUCACAAACAUGAAGACUUUGCACCGUAGUUGGCAGCAGUACCACAGAAACUUGGUCAAAAACUUCCCAUUGGUUACAGUGGGAGCUCUGACUCCAGGAGACAAUAGCAAAUCUGUAAAUAUCAAGUUGGCUGACUUGUUGGACGUGAAUAAGCUUCAGCUGUCGCUGGCAUAUAUUGCCUCAAAUCUACCAAAAGUUGUCAAUAAGUUUAAUGACAUGUCUUCAGUCAUAAAUUCUGUCAAUGAAGAAAAAUUGGAUAUCGAUAGAAUAAUUGAACAAUUGAGAAACGAGUCAAUAAAUAGAUUCAAAGAUCACGAGGAAAGAACCAGCCAUAUUAACUCUAAACUUACCAUAUUAAUCCGGGAUAUCGCUGAGCAAUUAGAAGAUAUAACCAAUAAUUCCAGUACACACGAUAUUGAACUAACGUAUAACAAUAUUGUGAAUGGCAAACAAAUUGAAAUUCUUGGCUAUUCCAAUCAACUAUUUCAUAUCUACAGCGAACUACAAACAUUCAGGAAGAAAAUCGGUAGAGAGAGCUUGAAUGUUUUUGGAGGAAUUGCAAACCUUCAGAUGAGAAUGGUUGCACUUAAAGAUGAGCUAAGAAGCAUAACCGAAGAAAAUGAUCAUGCGUCCAAGAAGACUACCACCAACAACACCUUGCAUGAAAAUCUUGAUAAUGAAAUUUCUUUUGAGAUCAUUAAUAGGAUUAAAAAAGAGGAAGAUUAUCUUUCCUUGACAAUAGACUUACCACUCUUGUUUGGCUUUAUGUUGAUAGAAAAGAGAAGACAGUAUGAAUGGUAUGACUUCUACUCCAAGGGUGUAGUUAAGAACAUAUCUGAACAACUCAGUAUCAUGAUAGAAUACGAAAAAGUGUUUAGAAAGCUCUGGAUUAAAAAAUUUGGUGGGUUUUUAUCAUUGCUAGGUGCAGCAAAUGAUGUAACAGCUGUCCCAGGGGGUGGCGGACUUUUGUAUCCUAAACUUCCAUCUAUAGAUGUAACAUUGGUCAAUGGAGAAAUGGAAGACGAUGAAUUUGGUAAUAUUUUGAAAGAUAUCCUCAUCAAUAGAGCUGAUGUUUUGAACUAUAUUGAGGCAUUGAAGAAAUAUCUGAUAGCUUCUGCAACUGCAGCUCCAACUAGUAAGAACUUCCACACUAUAUUGGAGAAAAAUUUCCAAGAUUUGGUCAAAAGCACUAGCAAUAUGAAAAAAGUUACCAAGUUGGUCAGUUCAAUAUCCACUUUAACGUCUCCAAAUUCAGACGAAAUUAACAAUUCGAAACUAGACAACCAAUUGAUGGCUAUUUCACAGCAAGGUAAGAAGUUGGGAAAUGGAGGUGUUUCCAAAGAAAAAUCCGUUGAUCUUGAUAAUGAUUUGAAUGUGAUUAAAGGAUUGAAAUCUAGAAUAAACAAGCUAGAAAAUUUACUACAUCAACAGCAGUACAAGAAUUUAUCCCAGUGGCCCGUAACAAGAGGUAUGGCCGGGAAUAACGCCAAUGAGAAUGGAAAGAUGGGAAAUGUUUCUGACAUGGGAAAGCUAAGUUUAAUUGUAGAUAGAAAAGAUUUCUCAGGUAGUAGAACUAAUCCUACGGUAUUUUUGCAAAAGACUACUCCAACUCCUCCUUCCCCAGUUGGCGAGAACGGUGGUGGUAGGGCAGUACUAGAUGCAUCCACUACGAUCGAUAAGCAUUUGGAUAAUAUCAGAUUGAGAAAGGAAAAUAAUGAGAUUAUGCAAGAAAUGAAUAGGUUGCAUUCAGAGAAUCAAUCAAAAGACGAAGUCAUUAGCCAGCUCCGGAACGAAAUUAAUUCGUUGAAAGAAAAGGAAAGAGAGGCUAACGAGAAAGUGUUGGAAGUGACCCUGAAGGAGAUUUCUUUCCAAAAGAGCCAGAGAGAAAAGGAUGAAAAGAUAACUUCACUUCAAACAGAAAUUGGCAAAUACCUUACCAUGAACAAUGAUAAGUUUGAGGAAGCAAUGAAGUUAAAUAAAAUAAUAGACUCCACUCGUGAAGAUUUAAGAGAAUUCAGGUUGAAAUAUGAAUCUCUCCGAGAAGAAGUUAGAGACUCCAACGACAUGAAAAACGAUUUACUCUCAAAUAUGUCUGCCAAGGAGAGCGAGUUUGCUAAGGAGCGAAGUAUUCUUGAGGAUGAAAUUAAUAUGCUAAAGGGAAAAUUAGAGGAAGUGACUGACGACUAUGAAGACCUUAUGGAACUAACACAGAGUAAGCAAAAGUAUAAUGAGCAAUUGAUAAAUGAGUUGAAUUUUAUUGGAAAUCAAUUAGUUUACAAGAUAAAAGAAGUCUUGUCCAUGUCGUAUAAUUUCUAUUAUGACUUCUGCUUAGUGUUAGAAAGUAUGGGAUUAUUGUUAGUAAGAGAAUUCAAUGAAUCGAAGAAGAUUGAAGAAUUGAAAAUCGUUAGAGUCAAGGGAUUGAGGUCUAAAAAUAAAGAUAAAGAAAAAGACAGAACAACCACUUUAUUGGAUGAUCAUGAAGUCACGGCUCCUACUCCUCAGAAACCUAGCUCAAAGGUUGUUGAAACCCUUUCGAAAUUAGUUACUUGGGUUAAUGAGAUUCAACUUGAUCGACUUGAGGAAAGUCCAGCUUUGGAAGGCAUUGAAAACGUAGGCGGCAGUGAAGAAGUUGAAGAGGUCCAAUCUAAAGACAUCUCCAUCCCUGACAGCCCUCAGAAUUUGCAAAUUAUCAAAAUCUUUAAGGAUAACUUUGAAGGUACAGAUUCUAAAUUCAAUGAGUUGUUUGAGAAUUUACAGUAUCCUCCAAUCGGAAACAUCGACUUGGAUUCCAGCAUGAAUACCACAAGCCACACAGCAUUCGUUGCUGCCAUAUCUAAAAGAUUCAGGGAUGUGGAAGGAUUUGCUAAAAAGUUGACGAAAGAAAACAGAAGCAAAAUUCAUGAGAUUAACAAGCUUUCUUCAAAGAUGGCAAAUAAGAUCUCCAUGAAUGACUUUCAAAUUGGUGAUUUAGUGCUCUUUUUGCCUACAAGAAUUGAUCAUAUGUCCGAGUUCGAAGAAAAUUUCCAGCCUUGGGCUGCAUUCAACUUCAGGUCUCCACAUUAUUUCCUCAAAGUUUAUGAUGACCGUGAGAGUGGAAAUGAUGAGAAGUUCAUACAUAACUUGAAAGAUAAAGAUUGGAUGGUUGGAAGAAUAGUGAAUAUCACUUCUCAUUUGGUCAGUGAAGAUAGCGGAGAAGAUAAUCCAUUUCAACUUAGUGAUGGAGUUAGUUGGUUCUAUGUUGAGGCGAAAGAAGUUGACUUGGCGUAG